CUUAAAAUGAAAAACAAAUCCUACAAGUAAAAGGAAAAAAACACAAUCCUUAAAAGACAAGUAAAAAGAAAACACAAUCCUUAAAAGACAAGUAAAAGACUUGGUCAACAACUCCCUAGGUUCUAGCCUUCCCUUGUGUUCCCACCUUGAUCCUUUUCACACUUGAGACUCCCCUCCUCUUCCUUAGCUGAAUCCUCUUCUCCUUCCAAGCCCAUUCUUCCUUCAUGCUGGGCCACGAGUUGCAAUGUAAUGGUCUUCCCAUGAUGAUGAUCCACGUCCAUUUGACCAAAGUGACGAUCCAAAUAGGCAGCAAACUCCUCCCUUAACCUCUUUGUUUGUAGACGUGUAAUUGGCCCUUCUUGUGACGAAAUGGACUUGGUUUUGAUGACCUCAUCAAUCCCCAGGGUUCAAGAAAACUUGCCCUUGUACGACUUACUGAAUGGGUUUCAGAAAGGCCAUAGUCACAUGGUUGUUGUGGUGAGGAAGCGCAAUAAAAUCGAACAACUGCCUGUUGAGGGGUCAACUAAUACAAAAGAUACUGCCAGUUGUAAGAAAUCAGUUGUCUGUCUGCUGAUGUGGAUAUGCUCUUCCAGUGCGUACCCGAUAAGCAAGCUUCUGGAUUAUCUACUCGGUCAUGGGCAUGUCGCUCUUUUCUACCGAGUUGAGUUCAAAACACCUGUGAAUUUUCAUGGUAAUGAGGUGAGUUGAUAAGAUGGUAUUUUGUAUUUCCCUCAAGUUAUAUUCCAUAUUCUUUGUUUAGAGAUGCAAAACUACUGAAAGCAUCAUGCCUUAGUCUUUUUAGGCUGGAAAAGGUGGAGAGCUGACUCGUGAUGAGAGACAACAAUUACUGCUGGAGCACUUGAGCUCUCAGAAAAAACAGCUGGUAUGGUGAUGCUCAAAGCUUUUGACUGGUCUUUGUUUCGGCGGAAUAUCAAAUGUAAUCAAUCCAUAUAUGGAGAAUUUGUAAUAGAUCAGAUUGAGCAUAGACGGAUGAUCAGAUUGUGCCCAAAAUCUCGUUGUUCACCAUGGUUUUGGGACUAGAUUGUUUAAAAAAUCGAAAACAUGAGAUUCAACCGCUAUUGAUCGUUCCUCAAUCCAUUUAUUUCUUAAAAUCCAUGAGAAAAGCUACGGACAGGAUAGUCAUUUCUCAAGUAAGUUCCCUUGAAAAUGGCAGAACAGGGACAACCAUGAUAAAUUGUAAUAUAAGCU